AUCAGGCCAGAUUACUUCACGUGAAGCUACCGGAGAAACUCAUACAAAAAGUGAAAUUUUCAUUAUAACAAUGUUGAAACGAAUGUUUGCCGUGGCUAUCAUCACCAUGACUCUCUUGGAAAUUAUAAGAGCCCAACGGCCCGCCUUUGCGGGAUUGAGGCCACCAGGUGGACUAAGUCAGAAGGACAAGUACCACGCAACCCAAAACACAGCCGUUGAGAAUAUCACCGGAGUGGACAUAGCAACGAGAUUUGGAGAGGAACCCAGUUCGCAGAAGCCAGCUCUAAUCAAUCUACCCUUUGGAGCCUCCCAGAGGCCGCCCGUUGGAGUUCCCCUAGUACUGCCAAUAAGUGGGUCUGCUCCGGAGGCUGUUCCCACUGUGGCCAACCGAUUUGGAGCAGAGGACAACCCACAAUCCACAACACAGUCCACUAGUUCCACAGCCGGAAGUCCCGCAACCUCCGUAACCCCUGUUUUUAGCCAGCUGCCCAUCGAUGCCCAUGGUGAUCAAGAGUGGGUCAACCACUUGAGUCAGCUGCCCGUGGAACAGCAGCCCUUUUGGUUCAUUAACUUCCAGGCAAUCGAGGCUCAUCGGAACAGCUCGAGACCUAAUGUGGGCGCUUUGGAAACGCGGGGAUCUUUCUUCCGCGGCUAACAAUCUAAUUUAAUAACAACAAUGAGAUUUUUAAAGUUUCCGUUUUACUCAAUUAUGUGCGAAUUUACAUAUAGAAUUACUUAUUUAUU